AUGUCGGAUAAAACUCACACCUCUAGGCUAGCUGCUUACAAGAAUACUGGGCACGGAGCUACUGACCUUCGUCGAAAACGUGUUGAAUUGAGUGUCACUCUUCGCAAGCAAGCUCGAGAUGAACAGCUACUCAAGAGAAGGGCAAUGUCCCCUGAAGCUGAUGAAGUACUGGAAACUGAACAUAUCAUGACACCACACGAAAUUGUAAAAGGUUUAAGAUCCUCAGACCUGUCCAUCCUAACAGCAUCAGCAAGGGCUGCUCGAAGGAAACUGUCAAAAGAACAGAAUCCACCAAUUAGCAUCAUGCUGGAAGUUGGUGUACUGAAACCUUUGGUUGAUGCUUUAGACAGGGAUGACUGUAAUGACUUGCAAUUUGAAGCAGCGUGGGCAAUCACCAACAUCGCAUCUGGCACACAUGAGCACACAAUGGCAGUUGUGGAUAGUGGUGCGAUUCCACAACUGAUAACCCUCUUAGCCCAAGGAGGGGCAGUAGGAGAACAAAGUGCCUGGGCUUUGGGAAACAUAGCUGGUGAUGGUGCACAGACAAGAGACAUUGUACUGGCCCACGGGGCUUUACCAGCCCUCUUGCCCCACUUGCAAAUAAACAGUCCCACAUCGCAAUUAAGAACAGCAGCUUGGACUUUUAGCAACUUGUGUAGGAAUAAGAACCCAAUAGUAAACUUUGAAGUGAUUUCCCCAGCAUUGCCAUACAUUACUGAAUUGUUAGAUAUAGCUGACCAAGAAGUGCUGGCGGAUACUUGCUGGGCCCUAUCCUACCUAACUGAUGGUCCCAACGAACGUAUUGAGGAGGUUCAAACCACCCCUCAUUUACUCUCUCGUCUGAUUAAGCUCUUGCAGCACAAGUCUCCAGCUGUUAAGACUCCGGCAUUACGGGCUGUGGGCAAUAUGCUCACUGGAUCUGAUGAACAGACGGACAGAUGUCUCCAAGCAAAUUGCCUAGAUUAUCUAACCGAGUUGCUUCACUCUGGUGUAACGCCAUUAGUUAAAGAAGCCUCUUGGGCGGUAAGCAACGUCCUCGCUGGUACCAGCGAACAGAUUCAACUCGCAAUUGAUAAAGGAAUGCUGGUUCAUCUGGUGCAUGUUCUUGGUGUAAGCGAUAUUAGAUGUCAAAAAGAAGCCGCCUGGGCAAUCACAAACCUAUGUCUGGGUGGAACUCCGAUGCAACUUGAUGCCUUAGUAUCUGCGGGCUUCAUUGAGCCAUAUUGUGCUUUGCUAGAGUCGCAGGACCACAGAGCGAUUAUUGUUGUAUUGGAAGGACUAACAAACCUUUUGCAGGCUGCUGCUAAAUUUGGUCAAGUGGAACCAUUAUGCCUUCAAUUGGAAGAAAUAGGAGCUUUGGACAAAAUUGAGGCACUUCAAGAACAUGAAAAUGAACAGAUCUACAAGAAGUCACUUCAUAUUUUGGACACAUACUUCAGCGAUGGCGAAGACCAAAUUGCCCAGCCAGAACAAAGUAAUGAAGAAUUCCAAUUUGGCAUCAGCUCAAAUCCAAAUAUUAAUUUUUAG